UCGACGCGUCCAGCCAUUGCCAGACUGAUGUUCCAAGAAAGCGAUUCGCCCACGCCAUCACCCGUCCGAAGUUCCGAUUUCGACGUCUUUUCGCGACACGCGUCGAGCCAGGAGGACGGAAAGGCCAUGGCGACCAGCUCUAGUCCUGCAGCCUCGGACGAUGAGGAAUCAGAUGACGAGGUUCGAAAGCCCAUGGGCCGGGCUGCCAGGCGGAUGCUUGGUGCCGAUGAGAGCCCAGUACGAGGCCUGGAGCAGAGACCCAGCAUGUCACCUGGGAAAGUGCAGCAAAGUGCUUCGGGGGAUUCUGAAGAUGAGCUGUACACAGUCACGCCGAAACUGGACAGGCGCUUCCAAAGCCAGCCCCCUUUCGUGCCAGCAAGUGCCGCGCGGUCGACAUUGUUCGUUAGUCCUGCCAGGACUGCACAGAACGACAGCGACGAUGAACUACCUACCCGACCCACAGGAAUGAAGUCGAAGCUGGCCGCCUUGGUCGCUGAGAAACGAGCUGAAAGAUUGGAGAGGGAAGCCGAAGCCGAAGCAGAACGCAGGCUCACGUCGUCCGACUUGCCCGACGAGCUUGUCGAAGGACCCGAAGAGCCUGCCAACGCAGAGAUCGACCGCAUUCUGUCAGAUGCCGCAAAGCCAACACGUAAGGCUAGUAAGAAGGCCUUGCUGGAAAUGGACCGCGAGACGCAGCGACUGGCACGUCAGCAAGCACUGGCUCAUCAGAUGAAGACGAAGAAGACAUUUUCCAAAAAUGAUCUGUUUGCAAGUUUCAACUUUCGACAAAAUGUUGGCGCAGCUGCACAGCAAGCCCGAGAUAGUUCGGGAUCGUCUGCGCCAAACAGUGAUGCUAUCGAGGGUCCUGGGCGAGAGCCACCCAGUACUCCUCCAUCAAGCCCACCCACUCCCCUGGACCGUCAGCGGGCAUUGGUCGAGCUGGGCGCAUUGAGUAAGAUGAAACCAGUGCGAGAGGACAGUCUUCAAAGUCUUGCCGAGAUUGAGGAUGAUGAGGAGUUGCCAGAUCUGAGCAGUAUCAUGAACUCUUCUCGCAGGGCAAAGGCCGCCGAGCUUGAGUCUGCCUUGGCGCAGGUUGCGUCUUCGCCGGGUGUGCCAAAAAGAGGCCUCAGACUUGCAAGGCUUGGUAAGAAGGCCAUGGCUCCUUCACAGGAGGAUAGCAGCGAUGACGACCUGGAGAUUGUGCAGAGCAUGCCUAAGCACUUGCGUGUGUUUGAUAAAGCCAAGGGAAACAUGAAAAAGCACAACACAGACUCAAGAGCUAUCCACAGACUAAAGCAUCUAGCGCAUCUUGGUGGAGAUGAUGGCCAGACUGGCCGUCGCAAGCAUGGCAAAUCGCGGCCUUCCAUCAAUCCUAACGCACUGGAGGCCCAAUUGCGCAUGCGCGCCAAGGAGCAGGCGCGUGCACUGCAGCUGGAGCGCAUCGCUGAGCUCAGAGCCAAAGGCAUUGAAGUUCAGACCGCCGAAGAGCGGGAACGCGAGCAAGAAGCGUUUGAGAGCCUGCUGGAGAAGGCGAGGCUAGACGCUGUCGAGAUCCGCAAGGCCGAGAAGGCUGCUGCAAAGGCCGAGAACGGUGGAGUCGACGUCAGCGCAGACGAGAGUGAAGAUGAAGACUAUGUGGACGUGUCUGGUAGUGAGGACGGCCUGGCCAAUGACGAGAACGAAAGUAAUGACAUGGUCGAUGACGCUGCGGAAGACGAGGAGGAAGGAGAAGAGAACGAGAUGGACGAGGAGGAGUUGGAGGGUGAGGAAUUGGGCGAGCGUGACGAGAUACCGCCCCCGAAUGGCUCUCAAGAUGCGGCUGAAACGGAGGCAGUCGAGCCUACGCCCACCAGACCCGCCGAAGCCGUGGACCAGCUCGGCCCAUCGCAGACGCCCGUCGUCGGGCGAAGAUCUCGAAAGUCGCGACUAAUCGUGGAUGAGGAGGAUGAUGAAGAUGCAAGUGAUGCUCAGGGCUCGCACCAUCUUCCGGUCACCGCGCACACUCCUGCGCAAUCACAAAUUGAUGACCCAUUUGCUGCGUUCAACUUUGGAGGAGCAGGCCCAGGAAGUUCGCUGAUGAGUCCCACGCAAAUGUUCAAUGCCACCAUGCAAACCCCAUCGCAAGACAUCCAGCAAGACUCGAUGGAUGUAUUGAAUCGCCUCGUCCCAACAAGCUCGUUGGUACGACCUUCACCCACAUUCGCUGUUCAGCCACAAUCUACUCAAAAUUGGGACAGCCAACACAACAAUAUUCCCAGCAGUCAGUUGCCAGAGAGUCAGCAGGUUCAGCUUGCUUGGGAAACUCAGGCUCCGGAAACGCCUGUUCAAGGCACCCAUCGAAUCACAUCCGCAUCUGCGACAGCAACGCCUGGCUGGGAACCUUCUCAAGACCCUGGUCUCCCUAAUGCGUGGCAAGCAAUGCCGGAUUUGACUCGGGAAGAUAGCCUACAAACGCUUCCAGACAGAGACACGCAGUCCACUGAGCCUUUGCGAAUCAGUGAGUCACCUGCAAUGGUACCGAAGAGAACUCGUUUAGCACGCGGACGUCGUCCUGCAGUAGUCGAAAGCGAUGACGAUGACGCCGAGCGUAUACAGCCUGGCAAGGACGAGAAAAAAGAUGCAUUCCGAGAAAUGGCCCGUAAGCGCAAGGAAGCUCUGAGUGCUGAAGAGAUGGCCGAUGCUGAGCGUGAAGCCAAGCAAAUGAUGGAUGAGCAGGCCGAGGAAUCUGAAGACGAGUACACUGGCCUUGGAGGCGACGAUUUCGUGGCGCCGGAGACAGAGGAGGAUCGUGAAAUGAUUGACUCCAGCUUGAUAGAUGUCGAUGAACGGCAGAUCGCUGCCCACUACGCAGAGGAGCAGCGCAUUGCUGAUGAAGCCGAUCAUCAGAGGUUGUACAAAGAUUUGAUGACGGGAGCACUGCGAAGGAAGCAGGCGAACAUGUUCGACCUUGAUGAAGAUGAAGACGACCUCGCGGCGCGUCGCCGGCAAAUAAAACAGCGCGAAGAAGCUCGAAAGCGGAAGCUGCUGCUGCAAGACGAGAGUAUUGCCAGCCUGGCAGAGGGUCGGCACAGCAAGGGCAAAGACGCUUUCUUGAAGGCGAUUGCCGACGAUGAUGAGCGGGACGACGAUGUCCUGGACCUGUCUGAUAUCGAGGACGACUCUCAAGUGCCUGACUCGCAGUCAGACAGUCAAUACUCCCAGCAAACGUUGCCUCGCGCAGCUCCUUUGCGAGAAGCGAGCGGCAACAAGCGACGUAUGGAAGAAGCGCCAGAAGAGCGACCUCCUGCCAAGCAACGUCGCACCCAGCCGUCCGCUUUCAGGGCACCGGUGUCCAUGCUCGAGGUCCAGGAAUCUGUCAGCUUUCUUCUCGAAGAGCCAAAUAUGCUUCUGGAUGGUCCUUCAGCCGUCGAUCUCAACUCCGACUCCGAGCACGACGAUGACGUGGCUGAACAAGAAGAAGUUGAUGAACAUGAGGAUGAUAUUGACGAAGAGCUUCGUGAAGAAGUUGCUCGCCAGAACGAUGGCGGCUUCGCCCCCGAUCGAGUCACCAUGCCUCCUCCUCGAUUCCCCGCGUCUCAGCGGCGGACCACGACAACGACAGUAUCUGUCGUAGAUCGCCUUAGCCUCAAACGUGCUAGCAGCGCAUCUGAGCACACUGCAGCAGGAUCACGUACAGCAUGGGGAUCGGGCUCUCAAGGAAGCGGCUUCCGAGCCCCUUCUCUCCUUCGCAGAGCAACCACAAACGGCGGUGCUUCUCGCGGCGCGAACGAGCGUGGCGUGAGCACGAGCAACGGCGUCUCUCGGCAGGAUAGUGGUAGUAAUAAUACUGCCAGUGGAGUCAAAAUGGGAGGGACCAAAAAGAGCUCACUGGCCUACCAAGCGAGAGACGCGGAGAGGAAAGCCAUUGUGGAACAAAGUGCUCGACGUCGCGCAGACAAUACUGCCAAGAUUGCUCAGUUGCGGAGAAACGCUAGCAGCGGCUUCGGAAAGGGGCUCGGUGGCACGUUUGAGUGAAAGAAAAAAACAAAAAGGUAGACGGGAAGAUUGACGGUCUCUUAUCAAGGGAGAGUGCUGCAAGCUGCCUGCAGUUUUGUGGUUGAGAUUGUUCAUUCAGUAAUGAACAGCUAGCUACCUACCUGGCUAAGUAUAUACAUAGCGACCAACAGAUAUGAUGGACGGC